AUGAAUGCAAAGUCAAACCAAAGAGCCCAGAACCUGUUUGUUUUGCUGCAUCAAAUGUCUGUUUUGACCAUGGCUGCAUUCAACAGACCAUUGCUUCCUCCAAAACAUGAAGAUGCUGAUAUAUUGUCAAGACAACAAGAACAAGCAGAUCUUGAAAAAAUGAAAAUGUUUGUACAACUUCGACAAGAUUUAGAAAGGGUCCGGAAUUUAUGCUACAUGGUUAGCCGAAGAGAAAAAUUAUCACGUUCAUUUUUUCGUAUGCGAGAACAGACCUUCCACAAACAAGUGGCAGUGUUAAGUGAUGCAAAUUGCAGUCUGAAAGGCAAAGAAGUAGCUGCUGUAAUAGAAGCAAAUCAUGGACCAUCAAUUUAUGAUAAGUUAUAUUCUCAGCCUUCUACUGAGGACCAAACUGAAAAUUUUGAAGUUGUGUUAGCACGUAUUGCAGGUGUUUCAUCUCCUAUUUAUUCUUGUUCUGAGGAAAAGAGUAAGAUUGACCUCAAUGGACUGAUCAAAUGUUCUGAUAAAAAAUCUCUAGAUAAUCCAUACAAGAGGUUGUAUUUCAAUGGUGCAACAAGGCGACGUAGCAGUUUUUACAGUAUAUCUAGUGGGAGUGAUACUGAUUUAGGAAUAGGCAGCAGCAGAAGGAUUGACAUUAAUCCAUCUCAUCAUAAAGGUGUUAAUAAGUGUGUUUCUUUACAAUCAAGUCUUCAAGAUGGUAUGCUAUCCAGUUCAGAAGAUGAAAAAAUUGGAAGUGCACUUCACAAACAUCUUAACUGUGGUAGGAAAGGUAUAAUUUCAGAUAUGGCAAAAUUAUCAGAAAGACGGAAUUGUAAAAGAAGUAUAUUAUCCAGAUUAAGAGUUGAAACUUCAAGUGAAGAGGAAAGUAAAUCAAAUAACUUGUGGCAUAAUCCAUGUAGUAGGACUUUACGACAAAUGGAACGUGAAUUAGGUGAUAAAAUCUCAGGUAGUGAUGAUAGUGAAGAACUCUUACCAAUUGUGGGAACAAAAAAUCGUCAGCAUCCGAUAAGUGCUAUUUAUUCAGAUAGUGAAUCUGAUUUAUCUUUAAAAGGUGAGUCUACUAAUCAAAAUGAAGAUAAAUCAUCUAAUGCUCCUAGUGAUUCACAUCAGCAUGUCUUGCGUACUAAGGCAGCUGUAAAGGAAUUUUCUGCAGGCAUACAGUCUGUGGAUUUACCAGUUCAGAAGAAUGCCUCUAAACCUGUAGGAAGUGCAAAACAUAGGUGUAAAUCUGUUGAUAUAAAUGAUGAUGAUUCUACCAAAGACAAAGAAAAUGUUAAAUUAUCACAUAAAAAAGAACUUGAUACCACGGAAUUAAUUGUUCCUCAGAGACAAGCUGCUAAAAAGGCCACUGAGAGCAUGCGUUUCUCACAGAAUAAACCUAAAGACCAAACUGGCUCAGAACAGGAUGUGCUUAAACCCUCAGUAAAUGAAGAUAUCAAAAUCAAACCUAAAUCUAAAAUUAAAAACCGGGAAGGAAAAGAGAUGAAAAUUAAUAAAGAUGGAAAAUUAAGUGAUAUAUAUGAUUUUGAGAAAGAUAGUAGUGAUGCCCAAGAGAUUCUUGCUUAUGUUCCUCAGAGACAAGCAGCAAAAAAGGCAGCUGCCCAUAUAAAAAGUAGUGGUAAUGUGAAAACAGUCUCAGGAGAAUUGGAAGAAGAAAAUAAAAUUAAGAAGGAAGAUUCUAAUUCUCCACCAAAAUGUAAAAAGGAAGAAGAAGUCAAAUUAAAAAAGGAUUCAGACAAUGAAAAACAAGUAGAUGUAAAAAAUCAAGAAUGCCAAAGAAAAUCCAGAAAUAUAUUGGCAUCUUUAUCUUCAUCUUCUUCAUCUUCAUCUUCUUCUAGUGAUUCUUCGUCUGACAGUGAAGUCAAAAAUGGACAUAAAGUGAAACUGGUGAAAAAAGACGUAAAAAAUGUCGAGAAAAAAAUUUCUGACACUCUAUCGGCAAAGAAAGAUUCACAGAUGAAAGUUCGUAGAAAAAAGGCUGUCACUGCUUCGGACUGGACUUUUCCUAAUAAGGAAGACCAGUUAACCAGCAGUUCCACCUGCAGUGAUUCAGAAUACGAUGAAACCAUUCAGAGUAAAAAGAAAGGUUGCAUAGCCUCACAUGAAAGUGAAAAUGAAGGUCUUAUUGAGAACAAAAAAGAGGAAAGUUCUGUUGGAAAACUUGAUUCUUGUACAUUAAAGACAUCUGAUAAUACUGAGAGAAAAAAUACAAAUUCAAAACUGGCUGGUAAGAAAUUCAAGAAGGCGCCUGAUAAGAAGCUUAAAACUUCCGACGGGCGGCCUGAACAUGAGUUUCAGCCGCCAGUUUCUGAAAGGGAAAAAUUGUCCAAAGCCAAAGACAAAUUUUUCAGGAGAAGAAAAUAUGUCUGUCACGAGGCUACUGCAUCAAAUGAUGGUGAUAGACUCAGAAACACUGAGACCAAAUCAAGAGAUUUACUUGGCAAUGAAAAUCGAAACAGUUCCUGCGAAGAUAGCUUCGAAAAAGAAUCCUCAUCAAAAGGUAAUCCUUGCCACCGAUCGAGUUCUCCGCGAGCUGAGGAGUUGUCGAACUGGUCUGGAAACAGAGAAUCAGAUCCAGAAAAAAGAGAUGAGAAAGCUGAGAUUGAAGAAACGAAAAUUGAAGGAAGGAAGGGAAAAUCAAGCGAAAAAUUUGAUGAGCCAGAAGACACAAGUCAGUGUGAAGAAAGAAAUGACAAGAAAGCAAAAGAGAGAAGCAAGUCCAGUGAUGUGUUGCCAACUACGACCGAGAAAAUUGACAAAGUAACAGUUGAAUCAGAUUGUUCAGUUAAAGAAGUGAAAUUUAGUGAUAUCAAACAUAAGAAGUCAGCUGAAGAUUCCAAGUUAACUGAGGUUAAAGUUCAAAAAAAUUCAGUGAAAGACAGUGUUACUAAAGAACACACCACGUCAAAAUUAGAGAAAGAAAUUGCCCAAAGAAAGGCCGAAAGAGAGACGAGGAGCAAGUCCAACAGUAAAGGUUGCUUAGAAAGACUAUUUGAAAAAAGGGAGAAAACUAUAGAAAAAAUUCUGUUUAAGGCAAGUGGUAGAGAAUUGUUGGAUGGUCACGAAAAAAAUAAUAUAUGUCCCAAAACUAUUGAAAAAAUUGAAACCCAUGAUUUUGAAAAGUUACAACUAAUGGAGCGUAAAGGAGAAUUUACUGAUAAUGACCCAAUAAACGUUAAUGAAAAAGAAAAUGUACGAAUUGCUAGAGAUAGUCCAAAUACUAUACAAGAGAACUGCAAGCAUGAGGACAUUUCCAAAGUUAUUCUUGACCUGAAAAUGCAACAUAGGGUCAUUCAAGGGUUAGAAAGAGAAGGCAAAAAGAAAGAUAAAACUAAUAUCACUGAAAAUAAUAAUAGUUGCAGUAGUAAUAACAACAGCAACAAUAGUAGUGGUAGCAGCUAUAGUAACAAUGUCGGUUCUAGAGAUUUAUUUAACAAAAGCUUAAAGUACAAUGCUGCAAUAACUAAUGUAGAAAAACAUUUACGGAAGAGUGAGAAACACUCUGUUAUUCAUAAGGCUUGUAAGCAAAUAACAAGCAACAAAACAGACUUAGAAUCUCAGAUUGGUACAAAAGUUCCAGAAAUUCCUGGGAAUCAUUCAACUAAUGUGAUAGAUUUCAGUUCUGACAAAGAAAAAGUUUCUAGUGAAUAUAAAGUUGCUGAUAACAUUGAUGAUAAAAGUAGAAGAAAAUUGAAAACUUUCUCUCGAAACAAAAAAAUAAAUUCUCUUCACCAUGAACCUAACACAAAAGAGAAAAUUGAAAAACUAAAAAAUGAUCAUAAUGCUAAGUUGACGAGUAGUAUUCUUCAUGAUGGUGAAAGGACUAAGAAGAAUUCUAAAUGUGUGUCAAAAGAAAAUGUCUUAAGAUCUCCUGUUAAUAAUUUAUUUGGAGAAAAAGAGACAUCUCGGAGAUUUUCAAAAGAAAUUUAUUCAUCAGAAUAUAUUACAAAUGUUGAUCAUCCUGUUAAAGCCCCUCUCUCACAAUCAUUUAAUGCUUCUCAUUGUUCAGAAAAAACAAGUAUUGUUGAAACUAGUACUGAUAGCGUUGUCCCAGAGUCUGACACAGAACUACGGAAACAUAAGUCAUCUACAGUAAAUUCUUCUGUUCAGCAUCAGCGUUCUAUAUUUUCACCCCAACAGCAGCCAAAGGAACCAGGAGUUUCAGAAUUAUUUGAUUUUGAAAAUGAUAUACUGGCUGUUGAUGAAUCUGUUAAUGAUGAUGGAUUCAGUAUUCCAAGAGACUCAGACGAAAUGUUGCGAGCACCCCUUUCAUUUUCUUUUAGCAGUGAAUUUUUAUUCAAAGAGGAUACAAAAGAGGAUAGUGCACGGGAAACAUUGAAUUUAGUUGAAAAACUAAGGCUCGAAUAUGCAAAAAAAUCAACAUCCAAUGUUAUAACACCAGACAUAUCAGAAUCAAAGACUGCAUCUUCAUGUCUUACUACUACCACUACCACUACCACUACUACUUCCACUACACCUACUACAUCAAUUAACACUUCGACUGCUAUGAAUUUUUCAGUGGCUACUGCUACUAUUACUUCUACUAUUAGUACUGCUGCUACUACUACAACAACUACUACUACUACUACUACUACUACUUCUGUUACCACUGCUACUGCUACAACUACCACUACCACUGCUACUGCUACAAUAACUACUACUGCUACUGCUACAACUACUACUGCUACUGCUACACCUACCACUACUAGUAUCAAUGACAACAGUGCAGAUGUCCCCAUGUGCUCUUCUACUUCUCCACAUCCUACCUCUACUGCUGCAACUACUUCUCCUGUUUCACCUUCUCCCCCAUCUCCUCCUCCUCCCCUUUCUUCUUCUUCUUCUUCUUCUUCUUCUUCUACUACUUCUACUACUUCUACUACUACUACUACUACUACUACUACUGCUGCUGCUGUUGCUGCUACUACUACCACCACCAACACUGCUGCCAACACAUCUACUACUUCCAUGACCACCACACUUACUGAUCCUGUGGUAUGUUCUACUGCUAUCACAACAGCAACUGGAGCUAAUUCAGUUUCCACUACCGAUAGCAGUAAUGCUUGCGGUAAUAAUAUUGCUGUUUCUACAGCACCAUCUCAAAAUUUUUCUCCUCCCCCUCCAUUACUAUCAUCUCCAGGCAUUCCUCUAAUUACAACUUCUAAGACUGCUACGUCUGUUCCUGAUAUUUCUCCCGAUACUGUUGGUAUUACUACUCUCAUCACCACAAUAAGUACUUCUAAUACGGGUGUCUGCCUCCCUUCCCUUUGUUUGUGUAAUAGUGGCAAAGAUUGCAGUUGUAAAUUGAACAAAAGUAGUAGUAGUAAUAGUGGUGGUGGUGGAGGUUGUAAUAGUAGUAGUAACAGCAGCAGCAAGAGUGUGAAAAACAGUAACAAGUGUGCUGUUGGUAACAGUAGUAGUAGUAGCAGCAGUAGUAGUAAUAGUAAUGUUAGCUGUAAUAAUAGUAGUAGUGGUGGCAGUGGUAGUGGUAGCAGAAAUAGGAGUAGGGGCAGUAGAAGUAGGAGUAGUGGUGGUGGUGGUGGUGGUGGUAGUAGUAGCAGUGGUAGUAUUGGUAGUAGUGAUAAGAGCAGCAGCAGUAGUAGUUGUGGCAGUGGUGGUAAUAGUAACAAAAGUAGAACUAAUAGUGGUAGAGGUGGCAGUGGCAGCAGCAGUGGUUGUAGUAGUAGUAGUAGUAGUAGUACUGAAGGUGGUGGUGUUAUUGCUGCUGCUUCUACUGCUACUACUACUACUACUACUACUACUACUACUACUACUACUACUACUGUUGCUGAUGAUGAUGCUGAUGCUACCACCACUAUUACUACUGAUGUUCCUGCUGCUAGUAGUACUGCUGCUGGUGCUACUACUACUACUACUACUACUACUACUACUACUACUACUACCACCACCACUAUCACAACCACCAAUACUACUACUACUACUACUGCUGCUGCUGCUGCUGCUGCAGUUACUACUACUACUGCUGCUGCUGCAGUUACUACUACUGCUGCUAACAGCACUGUACCUGAUGGGGUGAAUGAGGAAUCAAGAAUUAAAGAGGAUGAACAAAUUCCUGCUGUGAAGGUAGAAAACAGUAACAAUUUUUAUAACACCCAAGUGAAUGAAUUUUGCAGAAUUACGGGUUCAGUUGAUAAUCCUUGUCCUCCAGUGGCAGCAAGGAAGGAUGUGCAUGAUGGAAAGGCGGAUAUGUCUCUCUACAGUGGUAAUAUCAAUGUACCUUUUGAUUUUCGUCAGUGUGGAGGUCAUCUUGAUGUUUCGAAAGUAUCACCUAGGAGAGACAAACUUGAUAAAAAUAAUGGUUCUCAAUCUGAUGAACAGUGGGUUCCUCCCAGUCUCGACUUUAUAAACUCCCAUCAUCAUUCACUUUUGCCCCAUCCCUACGAGUCAGUUCCUCCUCCAUCAGUUGAUUGCCAAUCUGCUUCAUCUCCAUAUGCAGACAUUCCAAAUAGAACAAAAUGGGAUGAUAGUGAAGUUCUUCCUGUUAGGCGGUCAUCGUCGUCUUCUGCUGCAUCGUCGUCUUCAUCUUCGUCAUCUUCUCAUCGAGAAGACAUAGAUUUGCAAAAAAAUGAUGAUUUGCAACUUGAACCCCAUACACCUGGUGUUGAUAUUUCAUCUUAUCAAAGUUUACAUACUGCGAUUCCUUCUUUCCAACCUUGUACUCUCACUGAUGCGCCUCCAUUUCAUCCUUAUUCUGAAGCUACACCAUUUGUUGGAUCUGUUACUUUGUUUCCCCCAUCUACUUGUCCGCAGUUACCUUUCCCAUCACCUGGGAUGUUCCCACCUCCUUUUGGAUCCUCAUUCUCUGCCUCCCACUCAGUUUUACCCUCCGUUCCAAAGUCUCCCGAGGAUCAAGGAUCGAGAGCCCCUCCUUGUGUUGCCACAUUUACAUCAUCGUCUCACAACAUGGCUCUUACAGCUGCCAUGGUUUCUCCUUCAGUUCCUACAUCAACUGUUGUUGCAUCUGUUCCUUCCCCAGUUCUUCAGAUGGAUCCUUCACUUGCAUCAGCAUCUUUCACCACUCAGGGACAUAUUCAGCAAUUGCCUGAAUCUCUCUCACCAAAUUCUGGUUGUCAAAUUCAAGCCUCUCAGAAACUUGCAGAAAAUAAAGAGCAUCAACUUUCAAAGCAGCAAGAAAACCCUCGGGAGUUGCAACAAAAACAGUUACAACCCCAUCAACUUCCCCAAACCACACUUAUGUCUCAACAGCUUUCAGUAAUUCCAUUGCCUUUACCUUCAGUACCUUCACCAUCCUCUUCUCCUCAGUUGCCACCAUCACCAGCUCUGCCUCCACCACCUCCACCACCACCACCGCCACCUCCUCCUCCGCCACCACCACUUUCUUCCUCCUCUUCCUCCUCUUCAUCAUCAUCUUCUUCCUCGUCUUCAUCCUCAUCUUCAUCAUCACCACCUCCUCCUCCAUCUGCUGCAGCCGCUGCUGCUGCUGCUGCUUCUUCUUCUUCUUCUUCUGCAUUCAUUCCUGGGCCUUUACAAUUACCAUUAUCUACCCAAGAUUCACCUCCAGUGAAACCUUCAUCAAAUUGCACACUAGGUGGUAAAAAGUCACCAGUAAAACCUACUAGAACUUCAGCUCGUUUUACAUCACAAUUAGGUAAAUCGCCGGGGAAAUCACCUCGACAGGAGGUUUCUAUUGCAAAAUCUGCUCAAAAUCGUGUUCGUGAAAAUGGUGGUAAACGUUCAAGUAGUGGAAAGAUUACAGUUAGUCGAUCAAUUUAUAAUCAGCCUCGUGGUGCAACCCGCCGUGGUCGAGGCCGAGGAAGAAAUCAAUUUACUCAAAUGUUUCAAGAUAAUGAAUAUCAUAGUAAUAACACAAUACAUAGUAAGUUAGUUGGGACUGUGUACGAUUUAGAAUUUGAUGACGAUUCUCCAAGUGAAAGUGUUGAGAAUCUACGAGCAAUGCGGGAAAGGAGGCGAUCAACUGAUGUGCAUGAGAAAAAAUCUGAUGUUACACUAAUUCCAAAAGAUUCACCAUCUUCUCCAAAGUUAUCAAGUCCAACACUUCCUGUUCAAAAUUCAAAAAUUCGUUCCUCUUAUAACAGUGUUGAUGUUAAAGAGUUGCAAGCUCCUUUACCUCUCAGAUCUCAGGACAGUGAAAUAGCAUCAACCCUCUCACCAAUUCCCAAUGCAUCUUCUGAACCAUUUCAAGAUGUAGUUCAACCUCUCUUACCUGGUCCUGUUGAUAUGCGCACUUACAACACUUCUUAUGAACCUAAUACCAAUAAUAAUUCUGCUGCUUACAAUAAUAGUCUGUUGGGAACUUUCACAUCUGAAACAUCUGAACAACAUGUAGCAGACUUUGAAGAUGAAAUGGAAAAUGAUUUGCAUUCUGUAUUAGUAGAGAGUAAACGCUUGAACAUCAAUCAAACCUCUGGUGAGCAUUGUAAUUCAGUGGACGGUAAUAGAAUUGUUCAAGAACAAUCUGAUUCCUGUGCACUAUCCAAUAACAAAGUAUCCCUCACUGAUUCACGCAACCAGCUGAAAGUUAAAAUAAAAGGUCCCUUUUUAGAUGCAAACUAUGCAGCUGCCACUGCUGCAGUAACUUCAUUGACACAACAGCAACCUACGUUGCCUACAUUGAAUUCUCUUGAUGUUCCAUCAAGUAUUAUUCCUACUGCAAUUACAGCAGUGUCAUCAGCAACUUCCUCAUCGGGUACUUCAAAUCUUCGACGCAUGCGAAAAAAGGAACUUUUGCGGCAGUACUGGACUCAAGAUAUGAAUAUGGAUGAUCCCACUAGUGCUCCAACUGGGCAAGCAAUGGUGCCAACCGCCACUCCUCCAGUUAACCGUACUGUAAUCACAAUUCCUAAAGCUGUUGCAUCGAUGACAAGCAUUCCUACACGUGAAGAUUAUAAAGCAGUAGUUGAUGCUAAUAUGGAAAAAAAGCGUCGCAAAGAAAAACUUAGCAUUUCUUCGUCUGUAUCUCGAGAAUUAAGACAUUUAGAUAUUCCAUUAAAUGUGGAUGACACUCCUGAUCGGAGAAGGAAUGUUGGCGCAAGUGUGACCUCAUUAGCCCAUUUACCUGAUGGAACUACUCCACCUACUAAAAGGAGAGGUCGCCCUCCCAAAGCAACUGCUUCUCCAUCUGAACCAAUGGCUCCUAAAUUGAAAAUCAAAAUUGGGAAUAGUAUUGUAGCUGCAUCUGAUGCAGAUUGCAACAUUGAAGAAAAGAAACUGCGUGUGCGACCUCCCAAGAAGAGACUAACAAAUGUUCAGAUGCCUUCUGUUGAUGAAUUGAAAAGGGAAAGUAUGAAAUUUCGUCGUAGAAUUAUGGCAGAUUUUGAAGAAGAAGAGAAAAAGAGUAAAGUGGUUUCUGGUAAGCGACGUAAGCAGCGGCUGCCAGAUCCUCAACGUAAAGUUGAACUUGUUGACAAAGUAACUUCUGAGAAAAUUACUGCUCCUAAAAUUGUUAUUCGUAUAAAUAAGCGUGUUAGUGGUAGUGCAGGUAAUGAUAGUAUUAAAAGUGUCCCUGAUGAAAGUACUGGAGUACCUCUCCGAACUGAAGAAAAUUGCGUGUGUCAAGAUGUUGCAUCUUCUCCUACAGGAAGUGAUAAAGGACCCAUUUUGCUUUCAAAGGAGGAAGAAAGUUCUGUGACAAAAGUGGUACCUGCAGACAAUAACAGUAGUAGUAAAAGUAGAUUAAUGCCAGAAAAUAUACGGACGUCCAAAGUGAGCCCUAUUCGUUUAAAGUUAGCCAGAUGUCAAGAAGGUUAUGUGAUGAAAACACAGCCCCAACAAGUGUCAACAUCUGAAUUGCCAACCAACAUUACUCCAAAUAACACAAAGGAUGUUCACAACGAUGAUGGUAGUGUUAGAGAGCUGAAAAAUACUUUACAUGUCAUCAAGGGAUGUGAAGUUAGGUGA